AUGUUGCUAAAAAAUAAAAAAUUGGCAAAAUGUUUAAUUUAUUUUUUAUUUCUUUUAUUUUUUAAUUUUCUUCAAAAUUUUCUUAAAAUUAAUAUUUUUGUAUUUACAACAACUUUAAGAACAAAACAACAACAAAAUACUCAACAACAAAAAUUAUCCCUACUUCCCCAAUGUACAGACAAUUUUGUAAUAGCUUCAGAAAUGUCAAUGAAAAUACAAGAAGAGAAGCAACAACAAAACAAUUUAAAUAAUAAUGUGACUGUUCAUUUACAAUUGGCAACUGUUACUUUAGGAGAUACUUUUUGUAUGAUGAUAACGGCAAAUAAAUCACUGGAAGACUUACAAAAUUCAAAUGAAGACGAAAUCGAUGAUGGAAGAAUUAAUGAAAAAUCAGAUUCUUCAACUUCCGACAAACAAUUUUCAAUAUUACAUACUAUCGAAUAUAUCAGUUUGGAAUUACAUCACGCAAUUACUGGAAAAUACAAAUUUGGUGUUCCUGUUCUAUCCCCUCGUUGUAAAUGUGACUGUGUUGGUGGCGAGACAAUUUGUAGUGUGGAAAAAUAUCAAUACCGGUAGAAAUACUAAUAAU